AUGGGACAAAUAUUAUCGAGCUUGAGUCUACGCGGAGGCGAAAUGAUGGUUCCUGAGAUUAGUUUUGACAUUGAAAACACGACCGUAUCCACCGAAGAAAGCCAACUGUACGAGGAACUCUCUGCGCUGCUGGUCCAGCCAGGGCCAAGCCUGUUGACCUCUUUGCGCAACUACACAUCGGCCUCCACGGAGGUGCGCACAGCCAUCGCUUCACCCACCCAAGAGAACGAAGACAUUGCCUGGCGAGCUGUUCUACCCAUUGUGGACAUGUUGCGCGAGAUUUACGGCUAUUCCUCAGAUCUGCGUGAAGGUGUGCCACGGCUAUUGAAUGUACUCUGUCAAGGUGAAGUGAGCAAGAAUCUCGAAAAACAUCAGGGCUUGACCAAGCUGUUUGCCGAUAUUCUCGACUUUGUGUUUGAAUUCGACCAUCUCAAGAUGCGCAAUCCAACCCUGCAAAACGAUUUCUCCUACUAUCGUCGAAUGUUACAACGCGGUCGCUAUACGGGUCGACAAUCCAUGGCGGACGAUGGCGAGAGCAUGUCGGAUCUAAAAAGUGCCAUGGUCGAGGAUGACCAAGCGAACCGAAUCUCGUUGUUCAUUGCCUAUCCUACACCGAUGCUCAAGUGUGUGAUCGACACCACCACCGAGUAUGUCACCCACAACCGUCUGCAGCGCAGUGUCGGUGAUUGCUUGACCGCAUUAUGGGCUGCUUGUUUCCAGACUGUCAGCAAGAAACGGACGCUGUCGGCCGAAUUGGUUGGCUUUUGCUUAAAGGUCAUGGUUGUGUCGAUCAUUCUAUAUGAUCACAUUGAUCCCAACGGUGUCUUUUCCAAAAGCUCGCCCAUCAAUAUCAAAAACUCGGUCAAGAUCAUCCAGAACGCCAAUACGAGUGUUUUCAACAUCCCCGAAGAAUCAAGCGCAAGCAACCUCAUGUCUGCCUUGCGAUACAACUCGAAGCAUCUGAAUGAUGACACGACUCCCAAGGGCGUCAAGAACCUUGUUAUGGCCGUCUAA